GGGGAGCCUGGUGGGCUGCCGCCUAUGGGGUCGCACAGAGUCGGACACGACUGAAGCAACUUAGAAGCAGUAGCAGGUCUUACAGAAGAUAAAGUGGAGGCGACUGGAGUGGAAGCUGAAUUGUGGACUCUGGAGGGAAGGUCGGACCUGGCCUUAGAGAGCUGUGGCGGCGGGACAGCAGAGCCUACUGGCUGGCGCAGGAAGUGGGAGGGAAGUCCCCGGUUGGGCGUGGAAUCGCGGAGCUGCCAGGGAACUUCGCUCUCCACCCCGCUCCUUUAAUGACUUUCUCCUUUAAGAAAGAGCCGCUACCUCUGCUGGGAACGCAGCGGCCGAGGGGCAUGAGAGGCUGGGCGGGGCCCAAGUAGGCGCCGAAAGCUUUAGCUCGGGCCCUACGGGGCCGGAGCUCUGCUCCAGACCAGCGGGGGCGGCCAGCUCGCCCGGCCGUCCGCCCCAUCCCGCCCCGUCCCUCCCUCUUCCUCUCCCCCUCCCUCUCCCCCCAGGGUCUCCGACUGGGACUACAACUCCCGGGGUGCACCGCGCUCGCCCUCGUACCACGCCCCUCCUCCCGCACCAUCUCAUCCCCCAUCCCCCGUCUCCAGUCCUGGACCUGCUGCAGCCUGAGCUAGGGGAGCAGGAGCGUGGUGGGGAGGGGAGUGGGGCUGGCGACCCUAGAGACGGCGGCGCCGCAGCCUCUCCCCACCAGGCGGCCUCGGAUCCAACUGGACACUCUGAAGGCACACCGACCGCGCCUCUAGAGUCACCCCACGCCGACCCGACCCUCUUCUCUAGACUUCUUUCCCAUCCUUCUCGCCUUUUACCCUUCCCACCCUUCCCGGUUCUGGAACGUCUCCCUCUCUUCACUCCCGGACCGGCCCUUUUCGGCGCCCCUCUUCCCUAGGGAGAUGCGAUGAGCCGGUGCCCUCGCGUCCUCAUCGCCGUAACGGGCACGGUGCCCGUCCAGUACCCGUGGUGGGGAGGGAGCACUCCGCGGCCCCUCCGUGAGGCCUCCCCCUUGGACUCCCCCCCAGCUGGAGUCCCUGGGCCAUGCCUCAGGGGACCCAGUCAGGGGGUGGGCUCUAGAGGGAGGGGGGUGGAGAGGAGGAAGGACGGGGCCUUGGGCACCUCUGAGAUGCUCCCAAGCGCCAGGGGGUGCCGAGCAAGGCUCAGGCAACCGGGCGGCAGGCAUGAUGCCCUCGCCUAGCGAUUCCAGCCGCUCGCUGACUAGCCGGCCCAGCACUCGGGGCCUUACACACCUCCGCCUCCACCGACCCUGGCUACAGGCCCUGCUCACGCUGGGGCUGGCUCAGGUGCUCCUGGGCGUCCUGGUGGUCACCUUCAGCAUGGUGGCCUCCUCCAUCACCACCACCGAGAGCGUCAAGAGAUCCUGCCCGUCUUGGGCUGGGUUCUCGCUGGCGUUUUCCGGGGUUGUUGGCAUCGUGUCUUGGAAGCGGCCGUUCACUCUAGUGAUCUCCUUCUUCUCCUUGCUUUCGGUGCUCUGUGUCAUGCUCAGCAUGGCCGGCUCUGUUCUCUCCUGUAAAAACGCUCAGCUGGCCCGAGACUUCCAAGAAUGCAACUUGGAUGGAAAGGUCUGCGUGUGCUGCCCCUCUGUUCAUCUUCUCAGGCCCUGUCCAGAGUCGGGGCAGGAACUGAAAAUUGCUCUUAACUCCACCUGUGAUGAAGCCCGAGGGGCCCUCAAGAACUUACUCUUCAGCGUCUGUGGGCUCACCAUCUGUGCCGCCAUAAUCUGUACCCUCUCUGCCAUUGUCUGCUGCAUCCAGAUCUUCUCCCUGGACCUUGUGCACACGCAGUUGGCACCUGAACGCUCAGUCUCAGGCCCUUUGGGGCCUCUGGGCUGUACCUCCUCGCCCCCAGACCCUCUCCUGCACACCAUGCUGGACCUGGAGGAAUUUGUACCACCCGUGCCCCCGCCACCAUACUACCCCCCAGAGUAUACCUGCAGCUCGGAAACAGACGCGCAGAGCAUCACCUACAAUGGCUCCAUGGACAGCCCAGUGCCCUUGUACCCUACUGAUUGCCCCCCUUCUUAUGAGGCCGUCAUGGGGCUACGAGGAGACAGUCAGGCCACUCUGUUUGAUCCUCAGCUGCAUGAUGGCUCCUGCAUCUGCGAGCGAGUGGCCUCCAUUGUAGACGUGUCCAUGGACAGCGGGUCUCUGGUGCUGUCUGCCAUUGGCGACCUCCCGGGGGGCUCCAGCCCAUCGGAGGACUCGUGCCUACUGGAGUUGCAGGGCUCCGUGCGCUCCGUUGACUACGUGCUCUUCCGCUCUAUUCAGCGCAGCCGCGCUGGCUACUGCCUCAGCCUGGACUGCGGCCUUCGGGGCCCCUUCGAGGACAGCCCCCUUCCCCGGCGGCCCCCAAGGGCAGCCCGCUCCUAUUCCUGCUCUGCCCCCGAAGCCCCACCCCCACUGGGUGCCCCCACAGCAGCCCGCAGCUGCCACCGGCUGGAGGGCUGGCCGCCUUGGGUGGGACCCUGCUUCCCCGAGCUGAGGCGGCGGGUCCCCCGGGGAGGCAGCCGGCCAGCUGCGGCCCCUUCCCCCCGAGCCCCAGCUCGCCGCUUCAGCGAUAGCUCAGGUUCUCUCACCCCGCCGGGGCACCGGCCUCCUCACCCGGCUCCCCCACCACCGCUGCUGCUGCCACGGUCCCACAGUGACCCAGGCAUCACCACCUCCAGCAACACUGCUGAAUUCAGGGACCUUUAUACCAAAGUGCUUGAGGAAGAAGCUGCUUCCGUUUCCUCUGCAGAUACAGGGCUCUGCUCUGAAGCCUGCCUCUUCCGUCUAGCCCAUUGCCCUUCCCCCAAGUUGCUCCGUGCCCGCUCAGCAGAGAAGCGGCGCCCUGUGCCCACCUUCCAGAAGGUCCCCCUGCCCUCGGGCCCUGCACCAGCCCACUCCCUGGGGGACCUGAAGGGCAGCUGGCCAGGCCGGGGCCUGGUCACCCGUUUCCUCCAGAUGUCCAGGAAGGCCCCAGAUCCCAAUGGGAAUGGAGCCCAUGGGCAUAAACAGGUGCCCCGGAGCCCCUGGGGCCGGCCAGGCCGAGAGAGCCUCCACCUUCGCAGCUGCGGCGACCUGAGCUCUGGCUCCUCCCUGAGGCGUCUCCUGUCCGGCCGCAGGCUGGAGCGUGCUACCCGUCCCCACAGCCUCAGCCUCAAUGGGGGCAGCCGGGAGACUGGGCUCUGACCCAGGUGUCCCCCAACACUGAACAGAUCCAGAUGAAUGCUGGGGCCACAGUAGCCCCCAGCACCUCUUGCACUGGCUGACGCACAGAGAAACCUGCUGAACAGUCCCAGAAGUAUCCGUCUCCCUCCUACCUCUAGGGGCUCCUGCUGCUUGCCUCUGCCGUCUGGCCUGGGAGAGCUCCUGUCCUGUGCUGCAUGGGUGUUCAGGUUCUGGGGGACAUGCCUGUGCUUCCGGUGCUGGAGGAGGAAAAUAAAGUCCAGUUCCUCCGGCGUGACAGUAACUCUGAUUCACCAGGGGUUGUGGCCAGGGCACAGGCAUGUCCCGGGUGUUUCAGCAUAGGGGGCUGUAUGCCUGUGCAAUGGGUGGUGAGGCAUGAAGGGUCAGAAAAAUCAGGCUGGCCUCUCAGCUCUACCACUUCUAACUGCAUGACCUUGGGCAAGUUAUUUAACCUCAACUGCCUGAUCCAUAGAACAUUGUGAGGACAAAAGUUUGUAAAGCUCUUAACACACUAAGCCUUCAAUAAAUUUCAGUUUUUCCCUUC